UUGAUUUUAAUAUAUUCAAGUCGCUUAAUCAAUAUCUUACUGGACUAUAUUUCUUAUAAUUCAUUGGUAAUGAGAAAUGUUAAGUCAAAUAUAUCACCUAAUUGUCCGCUAUAUAGCGGAAAUUAUUUUGUUUUCCAAAAAAGAAAAAAAAAAUAUUAAAAAAACUCAAAGUAAUCAAUUUCUCCGGCAACCGUCGAAAAUGAAAUAUGGAUUCAGAACCCUCUUGACCAUCCUAGGCAGCUCCAAACUCCAAACAAAUGGUCCCUCUCAUCCUCACACUCUCUCCUCCUCCUUCAGUUUCUCUCUCCUCUUCCUUUCUUCCUCCUUCCUCUCUUCCUAAACUCAACAAUGGCGGACUUUUGCUCACUCAGAAGCAGUUGUUGAAGCUGAGAAGAAGCGGAAUGUGUAGGGCUGAACUUCAGCAAGAUGCGCCUUUUGCAAUUGCUAUCGGCGCGUGUGUGUUGAAUUCAUUGCUAUUUUCUGACACCGCCGUUUCUUCGCCGGAGGAUGAAGACGCCGCCGUCAGCUCCACCGAUGCUAGGUUUACUGUUAUGACUAUCAUUGGUUUCAUCCCUUACUUCAAUUGGUUGAGUUGGAUUUUUGCGUUGAUGGAUACGGGAAAGCGGCGCUAUGCUGUUUAUGCACUUGUAUAUUUAGCCCCUUACUUCAGGACCAACCUCUCACUAUCUCCAGAGGAGAGUUGGCUGCCAAUUGCAAGCAUUGUUCUCUGUGUUAUACAUAUACAGUUAGAAGCAAGUAUCAGAAGUGGUGAUCUUGAUGGUUUCAACUUCUUUAAUAAGGCAGCAAAGAGUCGUGGUUUGGCCAAGAAACAUGAUCAUAUUAAGCAUCCCGAAGAAAUGCAAGAGGAGGCAAGAGGAAAAGGAAACAUGAAGUUGCCAUUGGGUCAGCAGUCUAGGGAUGAGAUUAGAAAAUGGAGAGUCACUAGAAAGCCUUCCCAAGAUAUCGAACAUGUGGGUGAUGAUGCUGGUGAUCAAGAUGAUAAAAUGCAACACUAAGAAAAAAUGGAUGAUUAGGGAUAACACACAAACUUCUUCCAUAAAUAAAUAUAAGCAGGUGACCUGAAGACUGUCCAACUGGGUAGGUGCAAUCUCAUGUACAUCAAGACAUAAGACUAAGAGAGUAGGUUGCCGAUAUUGAGUAGUGGUAACAGGCAUGUGCUUUUUAUGUGCAGGCAUUAUCGGAGAAAUAAUGUGGAUGCUAUUUUCUUGUAUAUUUAAGUCACAUUUCUGUAGGAAAAUACGUAUUUUCAUGAAUAUGGCUCUAGUUUCUUCCUGUGAUAGUUUUCUGCUGUCAUAUCAUUGUAUCAAUAACAUGUUUACUGAAAGAUAAAUUUGGUCCUUGCUUUCUGGGCUUUGA